CCACUGACCAAUCUCCUUACCUGUCUAGGUGCUGAGAACAAAAAGGGUAAAAGGAAAAGAAUAAUUGGAACCUUAAUUAUGACUUCUCUUCGUUGAUGGGUUGUCAAGUUCAGUAACAUUUCCUUACCCAAAAAAAUAAAGAAAACCUUAUCCAAAAAAGGUUCAGUUCAAUUUGAAAAUUUUGAACCGGCUGGGUAGUUGGGUUUUUUUUUUUUUGAACACCUCUACAGUUAUAAAACCAUCUUAAAAGAUUUCUUAUCCGUCAAACGGAGAUCUGGAGCUUUAAAUAUAGAUUUAAUGUGAAAUUUUGUCACGGGAUGCAAAAAGUUCUGUUCUUGGCUCUUUGUGUUGACCUGUUUUUUGGUGCUUUUGAUGUGUUGAGCAGGAAAGUUGGUUUCAAUGUCAAUUCGCGUAACUUCCAAAGGGUUAUACAUUUGACUAAGAUAAAAUGAGGCCAGUUUUCUACGUGGAGGUGUAAAGUGGCUUGUGGUUUGAUGCUUGGGGAAUCUUUGGUGUUCGGAUGGUCUUUAUCCUUGGUUGACCACUCUAGUAAUCUCAAUUUGAGAUCUGUUCUUGCCAAGGAGAUAUUUCCCCUUAUUCACAAUUGAUGUAAUGCCAUUUUUCCGGAACUGAGCAAAUGGGGGCUUGUGUGUCAACUAGUAGUCGGAGUACUUGUAGUAGCAGGAGCAAUGGAGAUACAGUAUCUCCCUCUUGUUUUUGUGGGCAAAAAAGAACUAGGAGAACGUUCUCUGACCACGUUGUUAGCCUGCAGCAUUUACCAUCCAUACCGAACCGGAUCUUUAUGAAUGGAAAGAGCCGUGCUUCUUGCAUAUUCACGCAGCAGGGCCGCAAGGGUAUAAACCAGGAUGCCAUGAUUGUGUGGGAAGAUUUCAUGUCCGAAGAUGCGGUAUUUUGUGGUGUCUUUGAUGGACAUGGUCCACAUGGCCAUCUUGUUGCUCGAAAAGUGAGGGAUACCCUGCCGAUUAAGAUAUUAUCGUUCUUGCAUUCUUAUCAGUCAAGGCGGGAUGGGUCAAAUACAACUUGUUUCAAAGGGAAUCUAAGAUCAGAUGGUGGAGAUUCAGAGAAGGAUUGUUCAGCCGAGGAUAAAUUGAAUUCCAUAUGGAGAGAAGCUUUCUUAAAGUCAUACAAGGCCAUGGACAAAGAGCUGAGGUCUCAUCCAAAUUUGGACUGCUUCUGUAGUGGUAGCACUGCUGUUACCAUAGUGAAACAGGGGUCAAACCUUUUUAUGGGAUAUAUUGGGGAUUCUCGAGCAAUUAUGGGAUCCAAGGACAGCAAUGAUUCCAUGGUAGCAAUCCAGUUGACUGUUGAUUUGAAGCCUGAUUUACCAAGGGAGGCUGAAAGGAUUAAACGGUGUAAAGGUAGGGUCUUUGCCUUGCAAGAUGAGCCUGAAGUGCCUAGGGUAUGGUUGCCAUUCGACGAUGCGCCUGGAUUAGCAAUGGCUAGAGCAUUUGGGGAUUUCUGUUUGAAGGAAUAUGGGGUGAUCUCCAUACCUGAAUUCUCUCACCGAAUACUUACAGAGAGAGAUCAGUUCAUCGUUCUUGCUUCAGAUGGGGUUUGGGAUGUCUUGACCAAUGAAGAGGUGGUUGAGAUAGUAUCAAUGGCUCCAACCCGGUCAUCAGCCGCAAGGAUCCUAGUGGACUCGGCCGCUCGUGAAUGGAAACUCAAAUACCCAACUUCGAAGAUGGAUGACUGUGCAGUGGUUUGUUUAUUUUUGGAUGGGAAAAUGGACUCAGAGUCUGAUUAUGAUGAACAAAACUUUUCUUCUGCAACCCUUCAGAGCAAUCAUUCUGGCAAUGCAAUUGAAUCAGACGAUGGCCAGAAGUCCGAGCCAUCUCUGCAAAGGAACUUUACGGUCAGGUCAUCGGAAGAAAACGAUACUUACGGACGACUAGCUGUUGAGGCCGAGGGGAAUGGGGAAACAGUAGCAGCUGAAGAUCAAAAUUGGUCAGGUUUGGAAGGUGUCACACGAGUGAACUCGCUUGUUCAACUUCCUAGAUUUUCUGAUGACAGGCCAAACCCUGAAGUUUUGUGAUUUCUGUAGACAUGAUCGAAAUUGGGCUGGUUUUGUUGUAUUAUUACCUUGGCUUUUGCACCUUACAAAAUCCAAGAAGAAAAAAAUUUCUUGGUUGGUGGCAUUGUGUCCAAGGCUUUGUCUAUGUACAUUUGAAGGCACAGUGUUUGUUCUCUUGUACUGGCAAAAAUUUAGUGGGAAUCACUUUCAACUUUCAUCAA